GCCCUUCUGUGCAUCCACAAGAGCAGUAUGGGCAGUAGUUGCAGAGGAACUCUGCAAAGUGGUGGGAACCAGCAUCUGUUGUUGGUUUGACGUGGGGCAUCAUUAAUUCAGUCGUUUGGGGUAACAGUGGUGGCCAGAAUUAAUUGGUUAAAUGGAUUUAUUGGAGGGAGACAAUCUGUCAGAGUUGGGUUUUUUUGGUGGGGAGUCAAGAUGUGACAAUAUAAUUAAAUUGGUGUGACUUUGGGGGGAGGUGUAGUUUUGAAGGGUAUGGGAGCAGAGGUUUCUCCCAGGUUAAGAGGCUUUAAUCCUCAUAUGAGGUGUUGGAAACUUUUCAAUCUUUGAAUGUGUUGGACUUCUUAAGAAUAACUUCAGUGUAAUUGAGCUUUUCAAAUAUGAUGAAAGACUUUAAGUAGUUUUUCUUUAAAUCAAACUCUGACAUAACUCUGACAUGUGAUCUACUGAUGUAAAGGGCUAUUGAAGAGCCAGGUGAUAUUAUAACAACAGUGGGAAAGACUGGCAACUCUACUUCCAUCAUGAUAUAAUACAAAAAGUAUGCUACCCAUCCAAGCUGUGGCUACUAUCUCAGUAUGAUGGAACAUGAGGUGAUGACAGUGCUGUGCCUCUGCCCAUAAAGAAGCCAGAAAGGAAUUGAUGCCUGCUUCUGCUCUGCUGAGGAAAUUCUCAAAAUGCGCACACAUGUCAGAAGCUAAUUAACAGAUUUACUGCUGAAAAUUGAUGAUACAGUAAGAGCUUUUGGGGAAGGAAACUGAGAUUUGUCUCAAAGAUCUGUUGCAGAACAAUUGAAAAGAGAAAAAGCAGAAUGGACAACUUCUGAAGAUUUUUAUUAGAGAACAAAAAUCACCUGGAAACAUAAGGUGGACUUAGAGGAGUAAGAAAAUUUUAAAAAGCAUCCAGAAAUUGGUAAUUCCCUGGUUUGGCUCAAGGUCUUGGGGUAAUGGAUACCAUUGAGACUGCAAAGCUUGAAGAGCACAUGGAAGGUCAAAACAAUGACACCUCAAAUGGUUAUGUUCGACCUACCCUAUCUGUCAGUGAAGAGAGCAAAAAUGGCAAUACCAAACCUAAGGGUUUACCUAAUGGUUUGCGAAAAGGCACAAAGAAAUAUCCGGACUAUAUUCAGAUUUCUAUGCCUGCUGAAUCUAAGAACAAAUUUCCUUUGGAAUGGUGGAAAACAGGCAUUGCCUUUGUGUAUGCUCUCUUCAAUUUAAUUCUAACGACUGUCAUGAUCACUGUGGUUCAUGAGAGGGUACCUCCCAAGGAGCUCAGUCCUCCAUUGCCAGAUAAAUUUUUUGAUUAUAUUGAUCGUGUGAAAUGGGCUUUUUCUGUAUCAGAAAUAAAUGGAAUGAUACUAGUUGGAUUAUGGAUAAUCCAGUGGCUAUUUCUCAGAUACAAAUCAAUAGUGGGACGCAGGUUCUUUUUUAUAAUUGGAACUUUGUACCUGUACCGCUGUAUUACCAUGUAUGUUACCACCCUACCUGUGCCUGGAAUGCAUUUUCAGUGUGCUCCAAAGUUGAAUGGAGAUUCACAGGCUAAGGUGCAGAGGAUCCUACGAUUGAUUUCUGGUGGUGGUCUGUCCAUAACUGGAUCACACAUCUUAUGUGGAGACUUCCUGUUCAGCGGUCACACAGUAGUGCUAACACUCAGCUACCUGUUUAUCAAGGAAUACUCACCUCGCCACUUUUGGUGGUAUCAUUUGAUCUGCUGGUUGAUGAGUGCCGCUGGUAUAAUCUGCAUUCUUGUUGCCCAUGAACACUACACUGUGGAUGUUAUCGUUGCUUAUUAUAUCACCACAAGGCUCUUCUGGUGGUACCACUCAAUGGCUAAUGAAAAGAACUUGAAGAUCUCUUCACAGACUAAUUUUCUUUCUCGAGCAUGGUGGUAUCCGAUAUUUUAUUUCUUUGAGAAGAAUAUACAAGGCUCAGUUCCUUGCUGCUUCUCAUGGCCAAUAUCUUGGCCUCCCAGCUGCUUCAAAUCUUCAUGCAAAAAAUAUUCGCGGGUUCAGAAGACAGGAGAGGACAAUGAAAAAUCCACCUGAAAGAAAGAUGAAGAAAGGAAAGAAAUCAUUUGCUCUUUAUUUUACCAAAACAGUAAUGCUAUAACCAAAGUUCUUAAAAGGACUAGAUUGUAAGGGAAUAGGUGGACCAAAUUCUUGUGCAAUUGUACAAGACAAUUGUAGGCAAAAUAUAACACCCCUUGAUGUGUUUUCUAUUCAUAACAUUGUACAAGGCUAUUCUACUCUUCAGUACUAGGAGUGCACCACAGAUAGGAUUUUUUCCUGAGAAAGAAAAGAAGCAGGAGUUUGGUUUACUUAUGAGAUUGAGAUGCCAAAGAACACACCACACCUUUCGUUAUUAAUUAUCACUCAUCCACAAAAAUCGCAUCUGUAGAGUUCUGGAGUUUGAGGGCAAAAGCUUACUAAAAUUUGAAGUUACAAUAUCUGUCUACAAUGGUGGGAAGUGGUUUACUCUAUUCUUCUUGCUAAUGAAGGUAAGACUUAUGAUAUAUGACUGGUGAAGCCGGAAGUGAGCCUUGACAUUUUAUGUUCUAUGGGAAUGAAUGUACUAUGACCCUGAAGUACUCCCACCUCCCAGGUACUCUGAUAUACCAGUUUUUACAUUUUGUAUUGGUAAUUUUUAUAUUUAAAAAAAACUUAAAAAAAAAGAAACAACCUA